GUCAUUUGUUUCACUUUUGACUUUUGGGCCAACUCUAUAUUUGGACUAAUGGCCCAGAUACUUGAACCAGGUGUAAGUGCAAAUUGGAUCAUUGCAGGUUUAGACGAUGCCAAGUUGGGCCUCUCGUUUAGUCUUUCGUUCAAGUCACUGCUUAAGAGGCAGGAGUCUGGAGACACUUCCCAAGCACCGCCGAUGUCCACCUGUCAAUAAGUGGGCCCACUAAUUAGAAAAGGCAGAUAACACUAGCCCACCUACCAGAACGAAUGCAUUGACGUGUCAUCCUCUCAGCACUGCUCAGCAGGCAAUUAACUCUGACAAGGCGCGUGGUACCCUCAUCGCCAGUGCCAUGGCAAGCAACAAACACAACCACGUCGUGAAGUUAACGCUCUGUUUGAUGGAGUAGGAGUUGAUAUUCCAUUACAUGUUUAAAAUGCACGGGAUUUUGAGUUUUGUUUUCUUUUUCUUUUUUCUCGGCCUGCGGCGAGCAAAGCGCGAAAAGGCUGAAACGGAUGUCAGAAACCAGCUGCCACAGCCUUUCAUGACUGAGGGCAUGUUUUUAAGUUAGAGUAGGAGCUGCUGGUUUUACUUUCUAAUUUUUUUUUUUCAAUUCACUUUUUCAAAAACACAUUUCCAAUUCUUCUUUCAUUUUUAUUCAUCAAAGCUAUGGAGGCUAAACCUCUCCGGUUGUUGUUCAGGUGAAAAAGGCAAAAGAAGAAGAAGAGGAAUUGGCGUCGUCGAUGAACUUGAUUAUAGGGAUUGGUGCUGCUGAACAUCAUAAUAGUCUCGUGAUCGUCAAACACGAGAAGCCUCUGUUAACAGCGGCUCAGCUAAAUGAGCUUAAGCUACAAGUUUCGAUAUACGAGUACAUAGCAGCUGGCCUACCUGUUCCUUCUGCACUUGUAUUUCCUAUAUGGAAAAGCUUUGCUGCCUCUUUUCACUCCUGUGGCUCUAUCGCUAAUGCUGGAAUCCGCCCAAGUUUUGUGGGAUACAAUCCUCAGGAAUUUGAUCACAGAAACCUGAUGGAUCCAGACUCCGGGAGGUGUAGAAGAACUGAUGGGAAGAAAUGGAGGUGUAAAAAGAUUGUGGUUACUGGUCAGAAGUACUGUGAACGGCACAUGCACAGAGGCCGUCACCGUUCAAGAAAGCCUGUGGAAGCUUCCCAAGUGGUCGCCGCUUCUGAGGCAACAUCGCUCAACAAUUCAACCAAGAUUUCAGAGAAUUCUAGCACCAUUUCAACCCCUGCAUCUCUCUCAAACCAUGUAAACUCUGCCAUCAGAACCACUAAUGUUGAUACCAAAAUCAUGACUGCAAAUACAACCUUGACUGCUAAGGAUGUUGGCUGUGUAAAUGCCAAUGAAACCAUGAUCACUAGCACUGUUCUCACAGACUCUACCAUCGGUACAGCAACUAUGGGAACAAACAAGAGUUCAAGCAACGGCAGUCGCAAGAUUAAUGGCAUUGAUGAUAAGAAAGGAAAUUGUGGCAACAAUGCUAAUUUGAAAAAUCUAACUGACCGAGGCAACAAUGGGAAGAACAUCAUAAAUGCCAGUAGUGCCACACCUCAAGGAAUGAACUUCUCGCCGAAGAGUGUUCUUCAAGUUGAAGGUUGCAGCUCCGCAUGCUUUUGCAGAAGCGAUGCAGAACUUGAAACAGGAAGAUGUAGAAGAACAGACGGCAAGAAGUGGCGAUGUCGCAGAGAUGUUGUGCCUAAUGAGAAAUAUUGCAAGAUGCACAUGCAUAGAGGAGCGAAGAAACGCAGGGAAGGUUUGCAGUCACUUGCUCAUCUCAAUGCCACCACUAAUAUACUCACUAGCAUUCGUCUCCAAUCUACUACAGUCUUGCCUAACAAAGAGGACAGUACGUACUUAAACACUAACCUCUCUAUCUCUAUCUCUGCCCCUGCAAAUCCUCAACUUGCAAUUAACAAUGAUCUGAGUAACAAAACUAUCAGCAGCAGCAGUUCCACCACCAUCAGUGACACCAUAGCUGCCUGUUGUGAAGAUAUAGACUUCUCUUCUUAGCAUGCUGUGUGGAUGAUUUUGUGAUCCGUGGCCGGCAACCUCCUCGGGUCAAUUUUGUGUUUAUAAUCUAGUACAGAAACAUGUAAUCAGUGCUUAUUUUCUUUACCUAGGGUGUCGGUCUGGCGGGGGUUAUUUUUUGUUUUAACUAUGAAAAAGACUAAAUAGUAAAAUGAAAUGAAGGGCUGUUAAAAUAGUCAUGGAUUAACAGAUUCGGGAACACAAA